AUGACGAGACACGCCUUGGAUUUGCAGGGAAAACGGGAUGAGGAAAAGCCAGGGGAAGGAGGAGGGGAGAAGGAGGAUGGGCAGCGUACCUUGAUUGGCGCAAGCGGUGGCGGCGCUCGUCUUCGGCGGCAGCGGUGGCGGCGGAAUCGGAGUCGGGGGUCACCUACGGCAGCGGCGCGGCGCUCGUGGAGUCGGGGCGAGGCGGAGGCGGAAAAAAGGACGGCCACCGCUUACGGGAACUGGGAACAACGGAAGUCGGUCUCGGUGACAGGUGUCAACGUGUCAGGUGCGGCUUUUGUUGGCCCGACCUCCCGAGGGGGACACCGGAGAGCGGAGACGAGUGGCCAGGGGUCGUCUCUUUUCCUCCUCUUUGGCAAGCGUGUGUAUAGUAGCAUCUCUAUUAGAUUAAGAAAAACAAUCCUAUUUUUUCUUAAACAUGACAUAUUUAUAUAUUAA